GACGACUAAGGUGUAAUUAAUUCAUCGAAUCCUAAUUACCCUACUCAAAAGUUAGGAAUAUCAAGCAUAAGAAUGACGUAGUUUGUCAAUGAAGCCACAAAAAUAAGCGUGUCGCAGGAACGUGUCCAGGGAUUUAUGGGCCCUGGAUGGGGUCACCAAAAGGGUCUAGAAUGAUACUGGUUAUCAGCUCUAGCUUUUUUAAUCACUCAUCAAAUUUUUAUAAUCAAGUGACUCCAACAUUUGGCAUGGCGUUGUUGUUUAUUUGAUGAUCAUGUGCAGGUUUCUUGUGAAGAAAAUAUAUCAAGAAACUGAGACUCAGACACAUAAAUAUAAAUAAUAGAUGGCAAUAUCAAUAGCAAGAGCAAGAGCAAGAGCAAAAGAGAACAGCGCCACUGAGAAGGCGAAGAGGGCGCCACUGUCAAUUUCUCAAACCACGCCCAUGGGCAUCAAAGAGAGCACAAAACCAGCAACCAAAAGCAACUCUAACAAUUAUAAGACCAAGACAUCAGAGAGACAAAUCCCAAGUCAUGUGAAGCCUAAACUAAGCUGGCGUCCGGAGUCUGAAUCCCACUCCUCCUUCAAGCACCUCAACAGUGAUGCUGCUGCUCAGAAGCCGACUGUAAGCAGAAGGCAAUAUGUUGAAAAAUCAGCAUCGCCUUCCAUUUCAUCGAAACCCAAGGCCAAGGAUCUCUCCUCUUCAAGGCUCCACAAAACGCAACCACUUCUCCGAACAUCGUCUACUCCGACUCCAUCUCCAUCUCCGCUUAAACCUAAAGCCUCUUCCAAACCCACCUCCAAGAAAACGACCUUGAAGACGCCAAAGGCUGCAAAACCCAAACCAUCAUCAUUGUCUACAAAGGGUGAGAAUUCCAGCAAGAUUUUUCCUACCACCAACAAGAAGGCAGUUGAUGCUCCUGUUAACUUGACAAAUACUCCAGAGAGUUCUGAUGCUACUGUAGAAACCACAAGACUUGAAACUAUGCUACUAGUUAAAGAACAAGAGGGUGGGGUAUUAAAGGUGGAGGAUAAUGAGCGUCAAGAGGCUGAAAAGGCAUCCAAGAUUUCACCACAUGUUGGUGGCACUGAACAACAUGAGCAGCAUCACAAGCUUGAGACUGAUCAGCCUAACAUUCAAGCUGAUGACGAGAGGGUGAUUCCUAAGGGGGAGCCAGUUUCUGUGACUGAGGAAGAAGAAGCAAAAGGAGAGCCAAAAGAAGAGAAAAAGAAGGAAGAUCAUGGAGAGAAAGAGGGUACAAGUCAAGGGGAAAGUAACAAUUGGAGACAGCAAGAAGAGCAGCUUGCUACUAAUGGAGAAGUUGAGGUCAAGGAAAAGGAAAAAGAAGAAGAUGGAGUCAUACAAGAUGACGAGGGUGUGAACAAAAAUGAGGGAAAGGCAUUGAAAGAAAAUGAAGGAGAGGAGACAGGAACAAGCGAGGAUAGGACUGACGGUGAUGAACUUGCACCCAAGAGUGAAAUUGAAGAGGACAAGAAGCAGCCAACACCGCCAAAGGAAGGAGUAGGGAAGGAGUUUCAGGCACAAACAAAUGUGGCCGAAGAGACAGCGAACAACUUGCUGGAGACGAGGAAGAAUAAGGUGAGAGCGUUGGCUGGGGCAUUUCAGAGUGUGAUUGACCAUCAAGGCCCAUCCAGGUGAAGCAAGCCUCGUGUUUGACGUGAGAGUGCCUCAUUGGUACAGAUUAUCCUUACAACUGAGUACAUAAAAUUUAUGUAAAAUAUGGCAAUACGCGAAAGAGAUUUUUUGGAUGAGCAACUCUCAUGCAAACUCGGAAGGACGUCACCAUCCAACGUUGUUAAAUAUUCCAGGGUAGUUGAUUUGUUUCUCGAUUAAACGAGCAAGAAAUGUCGUUGUGACAUUAUUCUUCUAUUGUAUAUGUACAUAUAUGCUGUUGUACUUACUCUUUUGUCAAAUUAAGGCAUAUAGUAGGAUACAAAGGAACCUUGAUCACAUAAGAAACUAUCCCUGUAACAAC